AGCGCCGCCGCCAGCCCCGCGCCCCCCCCGGGGCCGCCCUCCGCACCCCGCCCGGCGGGGAAGGCGCCCGGCGCGAUGGCUCUCCCCGGAUCCCACGCCGCCUGGGACGGUGCUGCCGCAUCAGUUUAAAGGAAAAGAGGAAAAAACCCAACGCCCCAAGAAGAAAGAGCGAAACUUGAGUUAAGCCCCUGCUGCCCCCCGCCCGCCUGGCCGAGAGGGACUUGCACUGCCGCCCCGACCCGGUUCUGCGGCCGUGGGAACCGGAGCCGAGCCCCGGCGGACAGAGUUCGGUCCCCGCUGGAUGCGGCGGGGAUCGGGCGGUCGGCGCCCAUGCACUUUCCGUUGAGGAAGAGGACAAGUAACCAAACCACGUUGUCAAACUGCUGACCCGAGGGGGAGAUGAGAAGACUGUGUGAGGUAUUGACCGGAUAUCGAUACAAUUGACCGGGAAUCGAUACAAUUUGUCUAAUGCAACGGGGGAUCGGGGGUUAAGUACAUGAGAGGGACGAGAGGAUCCAUUUACUGAGGGAGAACGGGACAGCUACACCUUGAUACCAAAAAUACUCCCCCCUCCCCGCAGCAGCCAGCCCGGCAGCAGCGAGGUACGAGGAGAGGACCCAGCUCCCUGCAGACCGCCGGAUCGAUGACACCGUAUUUGCAAAACCGGCCCAUCGAUCCCACUUGGCAAAACGACUGAUCGAUGCCAGCUUGCUCGUAAGCUGCUUGCAGAACUACCUUCUCCCCGCGCCUCUGCUUUUCCGCCCACGCUUUUUUUUUUCCUUUUUUUCUCUCUCUUUUUUUUUUUUUUUUUUGAGGGAGGAGAGACACGUUUUUGCCCCCCAUCGGGGAGUCAGGCCCAUCGCAAAUGGCUUCGUUUCCCGAGUCCGACUUCCAGAUCUGCCCGCUGUGCAAGGAGAUGUGCGGCUCGCCGGCUCCCCUCUCGUCCAACUCCUCCACCUCCUCGUCCUCCUCGCAGACCUCCAGUUCCUCCGGGGGCGGCGGCGGCUCCUCCUGCGGGGGCCCGCCGCGGCGGCUCCACGUCCUGCCCUGCCUGCACGCCUUCUGCCGCCAGUGCCUGGAGGCGCAGCGGCACCCCGGCGCGGGGGACGCGCUCAAGCUGCGCUGCCCCAUCUGCGACCAGAAGGUGGUGAUCUCGGAGCCCUCGGGCAUGGACGCGCUGCCCUCCUCCAACUUCCUCCUAAGCAACCUGCUGGACGUCGUCGUCGUGGCGGCCGCCGCCGACGAGCAGAAGAACGGCCGCGCUGCCGGGACCGGCCCCGCCGCGGGCUCGGGUGGGGGCGGCGGCGGCGGCAACAACCGGCACCACGGCCGCCCGCCGCCGGGGCCGCCCCGCGCCGCCGGCUCCUCGCCCGCCGCCGCCGCCUCGGCCGCGCCCUCCUCGACGUCGUCGUCGUCCUCCUCCUCGGGCGGCGGAGGCUCGGCGGCGCUGCUGCUCCGGCGGCCCCACAGCCGGCAGGGCGAGCCCCGCUGCAGCUCCUGCGACGAGGGCAACGCCGCCAGCUCCCGCUGCCUCGACUGCCAGGAGCACCUGUGCGACAACUGUGUGCGGGCGCACCAGCGCGUCCGCCUCACCAAGGACCACUUCAUCGAGCGCUUCGCCGCCGGCCCCGCCGCCGGCGGCCCCGCCGCGCCGCUCGCCCUCAGCCCGCCCUACCCCGCUUCGCCAUACAACAUCCUCUCUGUCUUCCCCGACCGGGCCAGCUACUGCCAGCACCACGACGACGAGGUACUGCAUUUCUACUGUGAUACCUGUUCUGUCCCCAUAUGUCGGGAAUGUACCAUGGGACGACAUGUGGGUCACAGCUUUAUCUACCUCCAAGACGCCCUACAAGACUCCAGGACUCUCACCAUUCAGCUCCUGGCAGAUGCUCAGCAAGGACGACAGGCUAUUCAACUGAGUAUUGAGCAGGCCCAGGCUGUGGCAGAGCAAGUCGAGAUGAAAGCAAAGGUGAUACAGUCUGAAGUCAAAGUAGUGACCACUAGACACAAGAAGGCCUUGGAAGAGCGGGAGUGUGAGCUGCUCUGGAAGGUGGAAAAGAUUCGCCAAGUCAAGGCCAAGUCCCUCUACUUGCAUGUUGAAAAGUUACGUCAGAACCUGAACAAGCUGGAUAACACCAUUAGUGCUGUUCAGCAGGUCCUGGAGGAGGGUCGCACCAUGGACAUUCUUCUGGCUCGGGACCGCAUGCUGGCUCAGGUGCAGGAGCUGAAGAACGUCAGAGGCCUUCUCCAGCCACAGGAAGACGACAGGAUCAUGUUCACCCCCCCUGACCAGGCAUUGUAUAUGGCCAUCAAAUCCAUGGGCUUUGUCAGCAGUGGGGCUUUUGCUCCCCUGACCAAAGCCACGGGGGAAGGUCUCAAGCGUGCUCUGCAGGGCAAGGUGGCCUCGUUCACUGUGAUCGGCUACGACCACGACGGGGAGCCUCGCCUCUCAGGGGGUGACAUGAUCUCUGCCGUGGUCAUGGGCCCGGAUGGAAACCUUUUCGAGGCGGACGUCAGCGAUCAGCAGAACGGGACCUACCUGGUCAGCUACCGUCCCCAGCUGGAGGGAGAGCACCUGGUGUCCGUGAUUGUGUGCAACCAACACAUCGAGAACAGCCCCUUCAAAGUGAUGGUGAAGUCCGGGCGCAGCUACAUCGGCAUCGGGCUGCCGGGGCUGUCCUUCGGCAGCGAGGGAGACAGCGAUGGCAAGCUCUGCCGCCCCUGGGGGGUCAGCGUCGACAAGGAAGGUUUCAUCAUCGUCGCCGACCGCAGCAACAACCGCAUCCAGGUGUUCAAGCCGUGCGGGACCUUCCAUCACAAGUUUGGCACGCUGGGCUCCCGGCCGGGCCAGUUCGAUCGUCCCGCCGGCGUGGCCUGCGACGUUUCGCGCAGGAUCGUCGUGGCCGACAAGGACAAUCAUCGCAUCCAGAUCUUCACGUUCGAGGGGCAGUUCAUUCUGAAGUUCGGGGAGAAAGGAACGAAGAACGGGCAGUUCAAUUACCCGUGGGAUGUGGCCGUCAAUGCAGAGGGCAAGAUCCUGGUCUCUGACACGAGGAACCAUCGCGUUCAGCUGUUCGGGCCCGACGGCGUGUUCCUGAACAAGUACGGCUUCGAAGGGGUACUCUGGAAGCACUUUGAUUCCCCCAGAGGCGUGACGUUCAAUCACGAGGGCCACUUGGUAGUGACGGACUUCAACAACCAUCGCCUCUUGGUCAUCCACCCGGACUGCCAGUCGGCGCGCUUCCUGGGCUCCGAGGGCACCGGCAACGGGCAGUUCCUGCGCCCGCAGGGAGUGGCGGUGGAUCAGGAAGGGCGCAUCAUUGUGGCCGACUCCAGGAACCACCGGGUGCAGAUAUUCGAGUCCAAUGGUAGCUUUUUAUGCAAGUUUGGCGCUCAGGGAAGCGGCUUUGGUCAGAUGGACCGUCCUUCAGGUAUAGCUGUCACCCCUGAUGGCAUGAUUGUUGUGGUCGACUUCGGAAACAAUCGAAUUCUCGUCUUCUAAUCUGUGUUUGAAUUAGGAAGAAACUGUCUCAGGGAAAUUCUUCUAAGAGAAAAUGAAAAAAUACAACGUUAAUUCAAACCUACCUCAUCUUUAAUUUUUUUACAGAUGAAUGUACUUACCUUUUCUGCAGGGAGUGAGCCUGUAAAAUUGAAUUCUAUCUACCUCAUUGUCCUCCCUUCCUUCCCCGAUUUCUUGCCCCCUCCCCAUCCCCACAUACUCAUAGCUCAGAACGUUUUACCUCUUUCCCCCGAUGGGGUUUCAUGCACAAACGAGAAUUGCCGUGCACAUUAGGUGGUUUGUGUGGUGAGUUCUGUUAGACUAAGCCAAGAAAGGCGCUAUGUAACUUUUUAAAUGGAGAAAAUGGUAGUAGGUGUUUGUAGAGAAAUUUGUGUUCUUGACCAUUCUGCAGUUCUGUGGGUGGGGACAUGGGAGGGAGGGACAUUUGUUGUUGUUGUUGGUUUUGGUUGUUUUUUUUUUCAUUGCUGCUGCAGCAGAGAACUUUUUCCUGUUCUCCUUUUUAUACCUCAGUGUGUUUGAUUUACUGGUGAGCACAGCAUCUUGUUCCCAGACGACUUUGAACUUUUUAUGAAAGUGAGUGAGAUUCACUCACCAGGAAGAGCAAGUUUGCAUAUUUUUUGGCAUUUCUGUGUAUUUUUUUACUGAAACACAGUAAUUUAACAGCACAAAGUGAAGCUGAUGAAAAUGCACAAAAAUUCUUUAAACCAAAUUGUUCAUUUUAGUGGCUUAGUGCGGUCAUUGUAAAGUUUAGAUAAAAAGCAAGGCUUCCUUUAGUGUAUCCUGUCAUUGAGAAUUUCAUAUUUACCUCUUUUCACCUGAAAGCUAAAUUAGUUUGAAAAAAGUUACUGUUUCUUUUUAGCAGUGCCCCUAAUCUAGGUAACAGAAGAGGUUAGGAGAGGCAUUGAAACAGGGAAAAUCAAACCCUUUUGAUUUACUUUCUUGUGAAAUGGCUUAGUGUUUUUUGCCCCUUCCCAUAGAGAAACCUUAAGGGAAUAAUGUUUUAAUUUGUUAGAAGUGGUACCUUUUUCCAAAAGAAAGAAAUAAGCACAGCUUUGGAGUUUCAGGGUGUGAUUUGGAGAAGUCACCAGUUGUUUUGUUUUGUUUGGGGGUUUUUUGUUGAGAGAGGAUUGCAAUAACUCUAUCACUGAUAAUUUUUUUUUUUUGUCUUCUGGCUUCCCCAGAGAGCUGGACUGAAAAUUUUGGGAAUAGCUACUGUAGCUUUUAGGAUGGGUGGGGUGGGCCUGGAGCUCCCUGCUGCAGGAUCUCUGGCUACAGAUCCAAGUGAAGAGUUACCAGUACCAGCUAAAGGCAAACUGCAUCAAGGUGAAACUUUGCUGCUUUUUUUCCCAGGGCAGUACCAAAGACUUCUGUGUAAAGUUAAUGUAUAUGAUCCUUAAAAGCUUGGAGGCAGGGGGAAGUUUGCCCUUGCGGGGAUAUAGAAACUGGUGUUCUGAGAAGCAGAAACUUUUGGGGAGAAUAGAGAUCUCUUUAGCAAAAUGUGACUUUGAGUCCCUGGAAGGAUUUGGUUUUAUUCUUUCGUUUCCUGCAUUCCAGUUUAGCUGUUCAAGCAGAUAUGGUCUCUACAGACCUGUAGCUUCACCCUCUGAUGUUGGCAAACAAGAAUUGUUUAAAGUGGGCAAGAGAGGGCUCUUCUUGCUCUCUGCAAUUGAAAAACUCAUGUAUCAGUACUCUUGAGUUUGGAAAUGCCAUGGGAUUUACCUUACUGUUUGCAAGAGAAGAUCUUUGAAAUGUAAAUUUGGUCGUUGUCAAAAAGUCUGAAGAGCCUUAACCAUCCUGCAAGGAAAGGAUUCCUCUCUCUGCCAGCCACCAUGCACAAGAGUGACCUGAGGUUGAAAGGCUCUUUACAAGUUUGUGAGAAAUCACAAGGUGCACUUUCCUUCUUGCUGCUUUUCCCCUCCAAGGAGCGUUAACUUUCUGAGUUUUGUAGAAAUACCAAUGAUGUGUGCAGACAGAGAGCUGCCACUAUAGAGGAGGCUUAAACUAAAGGACCAGAAAGAGACAAGAAAGAUUCAUGAGAUGGCAAAACUUCUUUCAAAAGAAGGGUGAAGAAAACCACCUAAAUUAAAUGGUAUAAAACAACUGUGCUGCCUUUCAGCCAAAGCCUCAAGGAAGCAAACUCUUCAAAGCAGUGUGUUUCAGUUAGGCUUAAUCUUAGGAUGGCAUGGUUUAAAAACAGUCUUGAAAGGAUAAUCUUUUAUACAGAUGUCUGUCAAUAAAUUUCUGUGGCCACACAAAACAUGUAUCAGAGAGAGCUAGUUUACCUUCAAGUUUUGCAAGUUCUGCCUGUGUGCACACCUCCCUUUUUGGGGGUGGCCUACAGCUGUGACAGAUGUCCCUGAAUUAUUUGCAACUUGGGCUGUGAAAACUAACAGCCUGCAAGAUCUAGAUACCAAAGAACAGUGGUUUAAAAAGCUUUAAUGUUUAGUCUGCAGUGUCCUUGCAUUUAUCCUAUCAUGUCUUAAUGAAAAUGCCCGGUCUCUAAAUGCUUUGACCAGAGUGGCUGACAGUGUUGAAGUGUCCUAGAAACGCUCUUGUGCUUAAAUGCUUGUGGGGUUUGCCCUUCUCUGUGGCUAGAACGGAGUUGUUUUUCCAGGCAUUAAAAAAAAAGGUUAAGUGUGCAGUCAGGAUUGUGUUGAACUGGAGGAACGUUUUGUCCCCCCAGCCUGCACCAUGUGGAAGGUGACAGACCCUGAAGUUGCCCUUUGCUUUUUGAAUGGAGCCAUUGCACAACCCCCCAGCCCAGCUCAGUCAGGAAGAGGAAUGGCUUAAACUCUAAGUUGCUGUCUAUUUAACUCAGUGGGAUUUGCUUGCAAACCGAACCUUGAGUGUUUGACCUCAUGUUGUUGGGGAGCUUUUUUGUUUUAAAAACACUACUAUUUAGCUACCCGAAAGAAUUCCUUAUCUUUGUGAUAGAUAGUGCUAAGCACACUUGGUCUCAUUGAAAAGUGGUAGUGUAGCUUAUAAAAUGGAGUGUUUUAUAUGCAAUGAAACAAAGUAGUGCUAAUAUACAAUGCCAACAUCAGAUGCCCCGUAGAGGCUUAUUAAAAGGUAAUAAACGAGAUUCCAACCUUGCUCUGAUUUUCCAUGCAUGUUCUCAGGUCAAUGCCCCAGUAUCAUAAUGUACAUGCAUGCAGAGAGGAAAAGCAAGGCUUGGAAGCUGGGUUGCAAACCAAACAAGCAUUCAGAGUAACCUUCUUAACUAGGGGAAAUGGCCUGGAGAAGGGUAAAGUGAGUGUGUGCCUCUUGGUUGGGGAACAGCAAAUGUGGGGGACAGAGCUGUCUACUCAAACUCCCAAAGGAUUUUCUCUAUGCCAGGUUAAACCAGUGGCUCUCUGUAAACCUUUUGCUUGACAAAAUGUUAUCAGCAAUCAGUGUGGCCGGUUUGGGUGCUCAGCAUAUAAAGCAAUCUUGUCCUUUCUCAGAAUUAUUUAAGCAGGAACUUUAGUAGCAAACUGAAGCAGAUUCAGUAUUUGAUAAUGCAGGUCCUUCACAUAACUUGCUCCUUUUGAUUUAGUAUGUUUUAAAUAUAACUUAUUUAAGGAGGGCCCAUAAACCUGAAACUUUCAAACAAAGCAAGGAAAGGAAGAUAACACCUGAAAACCAAUGCAUAUUAGGGCCAGACAUAACCAACCUGAGAGAAAGAACAAGUCACUUGGAUGUGGCAUUCCCUUGGAAUUGAAGGAAAGUGGGCCCAGUGCAUUACGUUAGUUAAACCAAAAUUGAUCUCUGAAGAGAGCAGGUUUAUAGCCUCACCUUGCCAUAACUUUGAUCAUAAGAUUUCUUUGUUCAGUUCUAGUUUUAAAAAAUAUUGUGCCAAAGUUUUGUUUAUUUUUUAAAGGAGUGUAAGCCAAAUGGUGCCAAAAGGUAAUAGGGUAUUUAAAAGUAGAGAUAUUUAGACAAACAGUUUGGAACUGUAUAAAAAAGGAACACUGGUACUUGAGUUACACAAAUACUGUACCUUUGGUCUUUGAGUCCUUGGGAGUUUGAAACCCAGUUUGCUGUGGUACAAAAUGCACAACUAGAGAUGCCACUAUCUUUUGCUUGAAGUUCUACCUUACUUUGCAGAAGUAAAUCAUCUACCUCAAUUUAGCAUCAGACAGGCUUGGGAAAUAGUUGAGAAUCUGCCUGGGGGAAGGAUUCAUCCUGCCUGUUGGAAAAGCAUUUUAAUUGAAACAGAGAUACUAAGUGUGUGCUAUGUGGUGACUGCUCGCUUUUGUUUGCUUUUGUUUUUGCUGCCUGCCUAUGGAGAUAUUAAGCUGCCCUUGCUAGAGAAUCUGUAAAUAAAACCAAAUGUUCAGGCAAACUGGGCUGAGACCUGAAAUGCUUCUGAAUUUGUUCUGGUUUCACUACAAGGUAUGGAAGUGUAAACUUUUGUUCAGUAUUAUGACACUACUGGCUGAUGUGACAUCCUUCAUGUUGAUUUGCAGUGUUCUUAUGUCCCUAAGACCUUUAGGUCUUCUCUCUACAAGAGAAAAACUUUUGUGCAUACCUACCAAUGUGUCCUCUUUGGGAGGACUGGUGUUAUGAUUGCUGUAAACACAAUGUUAUACCAAAUGCUUGAAGGGAAUAAGGUCCUGGUUUUUUAUUUUAUUGACUUGGUGAUUGUAUUUGUAGCUUGCUUGACUCAAUGGGAUUUUUUCCACCAUGACAAAGCAAUCAAGUUCCUAUUCCUGGAGGGCAGCUUAGGUUCAGACAUACUCAGGAGAGGCAGUUUAAAACCAGUGUCCUGGGGUUUUAGGCAAGUUAAAUAGUGAUGUGCAACAUACCCCGUUUUACCUGUGGAGUUAAGUUGCAGAAGCAUAUUUUCAGACUAUGUUGGAGGAAGAAGUCCUUUUUCCUCCCCAGCUCAUAUUAAGGGGUGGCAGAAGUGGGUACAGGAGACCCCUAAUGACAAUAGGCUGUGUUGGGUUUGGUAAAUGUUAUGGUGGGAAAUGUACAUUGAUGUCUCUAAGUGAUCUUACGGGUUAACAAGCCAGACUGGCAUCUUUUUCCAUCAUUGUUCAACCAAUAAUGGUUCUAAAAAUGCUUUGUGUACCUGCAUGGUCUUAGACCUUCUAUUAAUGAUUGUAUCAACUUACAAACUCAGGUAGAUAAUUUUUUAAGCUCUUUUCAUAGAGCCUUACUGACUGAAUGUUAAGUGUCUGUGUACUGAUGUAGUUAAGUAACUUCCUUUUGAACUACCAGACUAGUUAAAAAAAAAAGUCCUUUUAUAGGUUUGUAGAGUACUUUUCAGACAAUGUAGUAGUUUUUCCUUCAGAGGUAGAGAUGCCUGUUUCUGAGGGGUUUUUUAGUGGUUUUUUUUUGUUUUUUGGGUUUUUUUGGGGUUUUUUUUUGGUUUUGUUUUGGUUUUUUUUCUCUAAAAUGACUAAGAGGUUUUUAACUAGUUUGUAAGGUUUGCUUUAGUCACCUGAGUUGGUGGGGGUUUCUGUGACUCUUGUUUGUACUGUGCAUUACCUGUCAUGCCCUGCUCGCUUCGUGCACAGGUCCUUGGAGGAGUUGAGGGUGUGAAACACAUGCCUGCAGUUUAACUCAAAUAAAAAUUGCAAGCCUUGAACAAAAUGAAGCUCAGCCUCAUGAAGCCAAUGUCAAACAUGCUUUUUUUACCCCCUUCCUCCCUCCCCUCCCUCCCUCCCUCCCCUCCCCCUUAAUUGGCUGUAGACGUAUGCCCCAUCUUAGAAAAUUUUCACUACUGAUUUAUAAGUAGCAUUGUCUCAGUGCAGGUUUGCAUUGGGAUCCAGGCUGAUCUUGUCAUUCUUUGGAUGUUGGGCAUCUUGAGUUGAUUUGGUUUCUUAGUUUCCUCUUCUGUUAUUUCUUUUCUACUUUAGUAGCUAAUCAUGCUGCUCUCCUAAUAAUAAUAAAAUAUCUCAGGAGGUCAGACAGUGCUCUGCUUUUAAUGAGCUGCUCAGAGCUUUUCUAUCUAAUUAAAAAUGAGUCAGACUGUGACAAAAAUUGCCGUGCUCCAAAAAGGGCAUCACAUUUCUACUUGGACAAAAAGUGAUACAAUUUUUACUUGUCAGAUGUUGAGUACUGCAGAGAAGAAAUCAUGACAGGUUAUGUGCAAACUUUUACGUAGAAUAAGUGAACAAAGUGUUAGAACCCUUGUAUUAAUGGAGGCUUCUGAAUGUAUCUUUGUGGUCCAUAGGGAAGGCUGAAGGAUGUAGCAAGGAGACGAUGUAUCAGCUACUGGCAGCCUUAAAACAAAGUCAGUGUCUCUCUGGACUUUAAAAUGUUCCUAUGCAGUUUAUUUUAUUUUUGUUUAAUCAAAUAAAUGUGAGGUUUUUUUCACAGCACCUCUGUGUGUGUGUGUUUCUGUACCACCC